CAGCAUUCUCAUCCCAAAUCCAACUCUCAACCCUCUACUUUCCUGUUUGCAUCCAUUGAAUUAAGCAGAUACACGAUACAAGAAGAUGGGUUCAAUCGUGGAAGCAAAACAGGAGGAAGAAGCAUUCCUAUUUGCGAUGCAACUGGCAAGCGCAUCCGUGUUACCGAUGGUCUUGAAAUCGGCGGUGGAGCUGGAUUUGCUGGAGACGAUUGCCAAAGCCGGACCAGGUGCUUAUGUGUCGCCUGCGGAGCUGGCGGCUCAGCUCCCCAAGGUAGAAAACCCGGAGGCAGCCGUGAUGCUGGACAGGAUCUGCCGCCUAUUGGCUAGCUACUCCGUCCUCACUUGUACCCUCAAGGAUGUAGCCGGCGAUGGUGUUGUUCAACGCCUCUAUGGUCUGGCCCCGGUCUGCAAAUUUUUGGUAAAGAACGAAGAUGGUGUUUCCAUGGCGCCUCUCCUGCUUAUGAACCAGGAUAAGAUUCUUAUGGAGAGCUGGUACCAUUUGAAAGAUGCGGUGUUGGAUGGUGGAAUUCCAUUCAACAAGGCGUAUGGCAUGACAGCUUUUGAGUACCAUGGGAAAGAUGCUAGAUUUAACAAGGUCUUCAACAGCGGUAUGUUUAAUCACUCCACCAUGACCAUGAAAAAGAUCCUUGACAUGUAUGAUGGGUUCAAUGGCCUGACCACCCUCGUGGAUGUUGGUGGCGGCACCGGUGCCAGCCUUAGCAUGAUCGUCUCUAAACACCCUUCUGUCAAGGGUAUCAAUUUUGAUUUGCCCCAUGUCAUCCAAGAUGCAACCAGUAUUCCUGGUAUUGAACAUGUUGGUGGGGACAUGUUUGAAAGCGUGCCAGAAGGAGAUGCCAUUUUCAUGAAGUGGAUCUGCCACGAUUGGAGUGAUGCUCACUGCCUGAAAUUCUUAAACAACUGCUACAAAGCACUCCCGGAGAAAGGGAAAGUGAUUGUGGCCGAAUGCAUUCUUCCGGAAGCGCCUGACACGAGCCUUGCGACGCAGAACGUGGUUCACAUUGACGUCAUCAUGUUGGCUCACAACCCGGGAGGCAAAGAGAGGACCGAGAAAGAUUUUGAGGCAUUGGCCAAGGGUGCAGGCUUCAGUGGUUUCCGCAAAGCCUGUUGUGCUCUCAAUACCUGGGUCAUGGAGUUUACCAAAUAGAAUAACCACAAAUCACAAGUCAAAUAUUUUCUUUUCUUUUUCAUAUUUCACAUUCGAGUACCAUAUUUUCAAAUCCACACUUCUUCUUUAUUUCGAAUCCCAAUUACAUAUGUAUCCAAUUUCCGUGUGAACUGAAUAUUUGAAUUGAAUGAGACAAUAAUAAUAAAUUUCAGUA